UAAGGGGCUGAUUAAAUUGUUUUAUGAAUGCAUAAAGUAUUUAGAUAUAAAUAAUUCUUUUUUCUCCAUUACCGGAAUCAGGCUUUGGAGUAAAGAGCUGCAGCAGAACAUAAGCACUAAACCCCAAAUUAAUACAGAUUUCACAGUCACAGCUUCAGAUUCGAUUGAAGACAAAUCUAGAUUGCUGAGUAUUGAUGGAUGUCUGAAACUGAGUAUUUUAGGUGGACUCAUCAAUGUAAGUGGUGCUGCCAAUUUUCUCAAGGACACCAAGAAAUCAUUCAAUCAACAGAGACUCACAUUACAUUAUCAUUCAACCACUAAGUUUGAAGAGCUGAUCAUAAACCACUUUGCUUCUGGAGAAAUGGCUCACUAUGAGAAUGAUGUAGCCACACAUGUAGUGACAGCAGUGCUGUACGGAGCAGAUGCCUGCUUUGUUUUCGAUAGAAAAGUUUUAUCAGAUGAGGACAAAAGGGCAAUAGCUGGAGAUGUAGAAACUGUCUUUGGGAAGUUAAUCAGCAUUUCAACUGGAGCAAAUAUUAAACUGAAUGACAAUCAGAAGACUGCUGCCCAAAAAUUCAAGUGUACAUUUUAUGGCGACUUCCAGCUACCAUGUAACCCGACCUCUUUUGAAGAUGCUAUGAAGGUUUUUGAAGAUCUUCCGAAACUUCUGGGAGAAAACAAAGAGCUUGCAGUUCCUCUGAGAGUUUGGCUUUAUCCUUUGGACAUACUUUUCUCAAGAGUUGUGAAGUUUCAGCAUGAAAUCAGCACAGGUUUAAGCACAGACAUUGAAUCUGUUAUUGAGAGUUUAAGUACGACUGAAAUGAAAUGCAGUGAUCUUCUGACAGACACGUCUGCUUCGACAUUUACUGCAUUUCAUGACAAAAUCAAUGACAUGAAGAAAAACUGCUACCAGUGCAGAUUGAGUCUCGUGAAGAAACUCGGCUCUCUCUUACCAAAGAUCCGUGGAAAAUUCAUAGAGGAUUCAGCAUUGAUCGAUCUUCUACAUGAACAUGAGGAAUCUCCAUUUGAAAGAAGCGCUCUUGAACAAUGGUUGGAAGAGAAAGAGGAAGAAUCUGACAUCAUUAAAACAUUGCUCAUACAACUGAAUGACUCAGGAGCAAAGGUAGAAAUCAACCUCAGUAAAAAUGUAAUGAAUCUGGAAGUUAAAAAUUUGGUCAGCUACACUUUCACAUCAUUGAGCUGGACAGAUGUGCUGCUUUCUGAACAAAAGGCCUUCCUGAGUCCUUCAACAAAAGGAAAAGAUAAGGAGAAAACCGAACACAAGACUUGGCUCGCACCUGACAUCCAAAAGACAAUGAGGAACAACUUGAGGGUUUUUAAAAACUUGAUUGAUGUAAAUGAUUGCACAUCAGCCAAAUUCAUUGUUGCAUCAAAAGAAAUGAAAAAUAAUCCAGGUUCCUGCAUACUGCUGUAUGAAAAUGAAUCUAAUGAAGCUGUUUGCUUCACUCCUCCAUCAAAACCAGACUGUCCAAUCAUUGAAGAUGUCAGAUGUUCUCAAGUGGUUCUGAAAGUGUCUCCACCGUGUCCUGCUACAGAGGAGCUCAAACUACUGUACAAAAUGAAGGAAGAGGAAGACUGGAGAUCUCAUGUGUCAAAGAACCAGAAUACAGUUACUCUGACUGAUCUCAGACCAGAUACUGAGUACAAUAUUAAAUGUGCAGCAGUGGGAAAACUCAAUUACACCGUAGACAGUGAAGUGACGCAUCUCACAGUCAUAAACCAGAAUCUCAUCAAGGCCAAAGAGUCUGCUAUCGAAAAUCUAAACUGGACUGAAAACAAGUGCAGUGAACUUCUGGAAAACACCAGAGAAACAACUUUUAGUGCACUUCAUAAGAAAAUACAAGAUAUGCAGCAAAACUGCCAAAUGUACCGACAAGAAUUCAGUGACCGAAUCAAAUCUGUGAUCCAGUCAGUUAAAGAUUGUGAAAAAGAGUCUUGUGCUCUGAAGGAUCUUCUACAAGCUCAUGAUGAGUCUCCAUUCAAUGAAAAGAGUCUGAAAGAGUGGAUCACAGUGAAAGAAAAAGAAUUGAACACUGUUAAUGAGUUUCUUCGACAGUUAAAGGACUCUGGAGCCGAAGUGAACAGAAGUUUGGACUCAUAUCUGUCAGAUAUUCAGGUGGAGAACGUGUUUUGUUACACUUUCAGUUCUCUUGAGAAGCCAGAUGAGUUUCUUAAUGAACAAGAAAAUUACAUUAAUCCUCAAAAGAGGAGAAAUCCACAGAAGAAAUCUGGUGUGGCGUCUCAAUCAUGGCUCACUGAAAGAAUCAGGGAGAAAAUGAGAGAACAUCUGAAAACAUUUAAAGAGCUGAUGGUGUCAUGUAGGAGUGAAAGCACUAAAUUUAUGGUUUCCAAAAAAGACCAUGAAAAGCAUCCAGGUUCCUGCAUUCUUCUGUAUACAAAUGAAUCUAAUGAAGCUGUUUGCUUCACUCCUCCAUCAAAACCAGACUGUCCAAUCAUUGAAGAUGUCAGAUGUACUCAAGUGGUUCUGAAAGUGUCUCCACCGUGUCCUGCUACAGAGGAGCUCAAACUACUGUACAAAAUGAAGGAAGAGGAAGACUGGAGAUCUCAAACUGUGUCAAAGAACCAGAAUACAGUUACUCUGACUGAUCUCAGACCAGAUACUGAGUACAAUAUUAAAUGUGCAGCAGUGGGAAAACUCAACUACACCGUAGACAGUGAUGUGACGCGUCUCACAGUCAUAAACCAGAAUCUCAUCAAGGCAAAAGAGUCUGCUAUCGAAAAUCUAAACUGGACUGAAAACAAGUGCAGUGAACUUCUGGAAAACACCAGAGAAACAACUUUUAGUGCACUUCAUAAGAAAAUACAAGAUAUGCAGCAAAACUGCCAAAUAUACAGACAAGAAUUCAGCGAACGAAUCAAAUCUGUGAUCCAGUCAGUUAAAGAUUGUGAAAAAAAGUCUUGUGCUCUGAAGGAUCUUCUACAAGCUCAUGAUGAGUCUCCAUUCAAUGAAAAGAGUCUGAAAGAGUGGAUCACAGUGAAAGAAAAAGAAUUGAACACAGUUUUCUUCGACAGUUAA